AUGGCCACUGUUAGCGCUGAUAUAGAUCGACUCCAAAGGAGGCUUGCCUCCGACGGCCAACGAAUCAGGCUUCCCUCCAGCAUACUGACAGAUCUAUCGCGUAUGACAAGAGCUCUCUACAGAUUGCAAGGCAUCCUGGCUAAUGUGGAGAAACAACCAUUUGACGGGAGCAGAGAGCCCUGCUUGAGCAAGAUCAAACACAAUAUCUACGAUGUGGAAGAUAUUCUUGACGAGCUUGAAAAUGGCAGCUUCAGGGCCCAAAGGAGCAGCAUGGGUUGGAAGUUAGCUGAGGCUUCAGAUCUCUGGUCACAGGUAGUAUUUUCCUUCUCAUCUAACCACUCAGUUCUGCAUUGUCGUAUGAUGAAUAAAAUGAAAAAGAUCAGAAAAAGUUUGGAUCAUGCAUCAGAAGACUCCAUAUUCAGCUUACUGCACCACAGAGCAGAUGCAGAUCAAUCUUGUGAUCACAAUGUGUUUGAUGAAAAUGCAAUCAUUGGAAGAAAUAAGGAUAAGGAAAAUGUAAGAGUCUUGCUCUUGAGUAACAGUGAACAAAAAAUUUCCAUUAUUCCUAUAGUUGGUCUUGGGGGAUUGGGGAAAACAGCUCUUGCUCAGCUCAUUUUCAGUGACCAAGAUGAACGAUAUAAUUUUGACCUUCGUGUAUGGAUCAAUCUGAACAUGAGUUAUGAUUUUAAUAGUAUUGCUAGUGCUAUAAUCUCAAAAGUUAACAGAACAGAGGAAGGCACCUCACAAGUUAAUAAUGAGGGUGAGUAUAAUCCUCAGAUACUAAUGAAUUGUCUUCGAGAAGUACUUAAUGACAAAAGAUGUCUGAUUGUGUUGGAUGGCCUAUGGAGCAUAGAUGAAGGGCAAUUACUUCAUCUCAAGAGAAUGCUGCAGAGCACACAGAAUACCAAGAUUAUAGUGACUACUUGUAGUGAAAAUGUUGCAAAUCUGAUGCAUACUGUUCAUCCCUACAAAUUAGGCCCUUUAUCUGAAGAAAAUUGUUGGACAAUAUUUUCUCAAAGGGUAUUUGGUGGUGGAGAUAACUCAUACCUCACACGAAUUGGGAAGCAGAUUGUGAACAGGUGUGAAGGUAUACCGGGAGUUAUUCAUUCUCUUGGUGCAUUCAUGCAUGAUAAAGGCACGAGCACAUGGAAUUGGGAUUGCAAAAAUGAAGAGCUGUGGAAAUUGGAGAAACAGUUUCCAUUGCAUAUCAACAUGUUCUCGUCAGUCAAACGGAUAUAUUACAAAAUGCCAUCGGCAUUGAAAUCGUGCCUCAGCUAUUUAUCGAUGUUUCCUAAAGGAUCUGAUAUUCGUAUGGAAAAUGUGAUUACACAGUGGGCUGCACUUGGCAUCCUUGGAUCAACACAUGGAUCAUUGCCUGUUUAUGCUCAGGGGAGGAAGUAUAUCCAGGAACUGCUUUCUGUGUUCUUCCUUGAAGCACCUGAUAAAUCCAUAGAUAUUGGAAUUAAUCAGGCUAGUGCCUCAAAAGUCCUCAAUAUGCACAAUUUAGUACAUGAGUUUGCCAGAUACGUUACCAGUCAAGAUCUAUUUAUUCUGGAUGGUAAAAGGACACUUAAUGACAGCCCAGGGAAUCGUUUUUCCCGAUAUGCACUAUUGACUAGAUGCAGUGACAAAUCCAAAGUUAGCAGAGGUUUCCUCACAAGUGUAAGGGCGAUAUGUUUGAAGGACUGCGGUGGAGCAAAGCUUAUUGAGAAAAUAUUCUCUGCUUUAAAGCAUCUACGUGUGUUGGACCUUAGUAGAUGCUCAUUUCUGGAGUUACCUAGUUCUAUUUGCCAGUUAACCCAUCUGAGGUACAUUGAUAUUUCUAGCUCGGCUAUUCAAUCACUACCUGAUCAAAUGAGUUUUCUACAAAACCUUGAAGCACUGGAUCUCUCAGGGACAUGUAUUCAGGUGCUACCUGAUUUUGUUGGAACAUUUAAGAAGCUAACGUAUCUUAACCUACAAGAAUGUCGAGAACUCCAUCACUUGCCCUCAAAGCUUGAUGACAUUAAGAGUUUGCAGCAUCUUAACCUGUCACGCUGUCCUGCAGCUUGCCAGCUACUUGAAUCAAUCAGUGGGUUUCAAGAACUUCGGUUUUUGGAUAUAUCAAGUUGCACAGAACUUCAAACAUUGCCGGAAUCCUUCGUCAGGCUAAGAAAUUUAGAGGAUCUAAUCCUGUCAAAAUGCACCAGACUCAAGAAGCUACCAGAAUCAUUUGGUGAGCUUUGUUUUCUUCGGUUCUUGAAUGUAUCAUAUUGCUGUGAGCUGGAAGAAAUGCCUGCAUCUCUCGGAAGGCUUGCUCAUUUGGAGGUCCUUGUACUUUCAGGGUGCAGCAGAAUUCAGAAUCUCCCUCAAUCAUUCAGUGACAUUGCAUUCUUACGGAUGCUAGACCUUUCAGGGUGUGUGGAUCUUCACAUGGACCUUGGAAUGCUACCAAAUAAUAAUCUGGAAAAUCUUAAUGUGGACAGAUGUCGCAAGGUCUAUGCCAUGCCUGGGUGGACUGUAAACUUCCCUAAAUUACAUCCUGAAUGUCUACAAUCCUGUGAGCAACAUAUUCAACGCUUAAUUAACGACAACCAAGUCUGUCCUAAUCAUGAUGAAGUAGAGAUCACCAACGAGAUGAAUGUGUCUGUACAUGACCAAACUGGGGAGGCAAUGGCAAAUCAACAAUGGCAACAAGCUGGGAACUCUGAAUGUUCCACCGAGAAAGUCAUUGGGGAUUCAUCUGCACCUACAAGUGGCGGUUAUGUUCCUAAGCAUCGCACUGCCCGUACUGGAGUCCCGUUUUUUGGGUCUUCCACUAUUCGAUUUUCAAAAAUGUCUAGUUGUUUUAUGUCUAACAAAGGCUUGGAACAAAAUACUGAAGGUGAAGGAGGAAACAAGGUGAAAGUUUUUUCCUACAGUGAGAUGAAAAAAGCUACAAAUAACUUUAGUGAGGCAAAUAAGAUCAGUAAAGGCCGUUUCAGUACCAUAUAUAGGGGAAAGCUUGAAAAUGGAAUACUUGUCGCAGUAAAGGUUCUCAAAGCUAAUGCAACUAGACUGGGUAUCCUAGAGUUUCUACAUGAAUUUACAGCGAUUGCUGAUAUUAGGCAUGAAAACCUAAUGACCUUAGUUGGAUGCUGUGCUCAAGCAGGGUCUCAUAAGUUCAUUGUAUACAAUUAUAUUGAGAACGGCAGCCUUGCAGAUACACUGUUAGGAUCAGGGCCUAGCAGCAUCCAAUUCAAUUGGAGAGCUCGCGUUAAAAUUGCGUUAGGCGUUGCUCGUGGGCUUGAAUACCUCCACGAAGGAAUCCGUCCCCACAUAAUCCACCGGGACAUAAAGGCAAGCAAUAUUCUUCUUGACAAGGAUCUCACCCCAAAAAUUUCUGAUUUUGGGUUGGCUAGGAUGUUCUUCAUACAUCCUAUUCAUAUUGGUACUCAAGCUGCAAGAACACUAGGAUAUUUGGCUCCUGAAUAUGCGAUCAGGGGACAAGUGACAAAGAAGUCGGAUGUCUAUAGUUUUGGCGUUGUGCUAUUGGAGAUUGUUAGUGGCAGAUGUAAUCUCAAUAUUAGAUUGGACCAGGAAGACCAAUAUCUGGUUGAUACGACGUGGAGAUCCUAUGAGCAAGGAAAUCUGGAGGAGAUCAUAGAUAUAAAUAUAGGGGAGGACUUGGAUGUUGAGGAGGCAUGCCGAUUCUUGAAGGUUGGUCUACUAUGUACUCAAGAGAUGAUGAAGCAGCGUCCCAACAUGAGCAACAUUGUCAAGAUGCUGACCGGGGAGACAGCAGUCUCCGUGGACAAGGUGACAAGACCACCCAUGAUAUCUGACUACCUCAAAUUAAACUUUGAGCCGCAUAGACCAGCCGGUGCACAAUCUUCCACAACAAAAUCCUUUGCCACGACCGAAAUAUUAACAUCUUCAGAAGCCAGACAGAGUCAUCUCUGA